GAGAGAGAGAGAGAGAUGGAUGAGAUCUGUGAGGUCCUGCACGUGGAGUGUUAAACACCAUUUGGGUAAUUGUAUCAUGAUUCUAGGACUUGAAUGUUGGUUUCUUACUAAACCUGCCCCUGUUUCCUCCUGUCACCCACCAUCCUGCCCCAGGGCUGGUUUGAAGAGAAGCCCCAGCCCCACCCUGCUGAACUCAGGCACCUCCUGAUCCGCUUGCUGCCCUCCAUGGCCCCUCCAGAGAGAGAUGCUCCAGGACCCAGGGGGCCCUGGGGAAAGCAGGGCAGGGCAGGUGUGCCCCACCCAGGGCCCCAGGGGGGCCAGGCUGACAGCUGUGGUGGAAGACGGUUGAGCCCUGGAUCCCAACCACAGCAGGGCAGUUGGCAGAUAUCCCCCUGGGAGAGAGCCCCAGGGGUAAUGGCCAUGGGCUCUGCAGGGGGCUGGGCACUGGGGCAGGGACCUGAGAAGGCCCAGGCAGAGGACAGGGACACACAGGCCAGGGUGCAUUGUGACAGCUGCUGCCAGCAAGAGGGACCGGGGGCACCUGCCGACUCCCUCUCCAGGGAGCCCAGGCCAGCAGGUCCUUUGACCCUGAGGGUGGAUGAGGCCCAGCACAGGCCUGAUGGGUCAUGAGGCCCCCUGGGGGCAGAGCCCUGGCCCCAGGCAGCUCUGGCCGCUGAUACUGCUGGGACUGGCCGUGGGCACCCAUGGCCUGCUGCCCCCAACAGCCGCACCACGGGGCAAGACCCCGGGCCCUGGAGCCCCAGCAGGAAGCAGCCCUUGGAGGCUGUGGGACAGGUUCCCACUGCGACCUGGCCCCCGAGGGACAGGCCCCAGGUGCUGGCCCGGUGGGUUUUGGUCUGACGUUCAGCCACCAUGGUAUAUCUUCAGCGAAGGGACCCAGCUCACUGUCACAGGUGGGCCCAAGUCUGCGCCCUCAGUCACUCUCUUCCCGCCCUCCUCUGAGGAGCUCAGUACCAACAGGGCCACAGUGGUGUGUCUCAUCAGUGACUUCUACCCCAGCAACUUGACAGUGGUCUGGAAGGCAAACGGCACCCCCAUCACCCAGGGCGUGGAGAUCACCAAGCCCUUGAAACAGAGCAACAACAAGUACGCGGCCAGCAGCUACCUGACGCUGUCCCCUGCCAUGUGGAAGUCUUACAGCAGCAUCAGCUGCCAGGUCACGCAUGAAGGGAGCACCGUGGAGAAGACAGUGGCCUCCUCACAGUGUUCUUAGGACCCUGAGCCUGUCCUACCCUCAGGGGCCUGGAGCUGCAGGACACCUGCGAGGUCUCCCUCCAACCCCGUCAUCCUCCCUGCACCCAAUCCAUUCUCAAUAAAAUGUCCUUUUGUCAAU